UGUAGAGCUCAAGUUCCUGUUGGGUUACGUGAUUGUGCGACACACGAUGAUAGCGUGACUGCUGGUUGCUGCGUUUGUUUCUUGCGUAAAAUCGACGAAUGAUAGUAUGAGUCAAGCAGAACACAGACCCUCCACAUGCACGGAGUCAACUCGCUCAGCCAUUUCUGAGAAACUGCCCACCUACAGCGAAUCUGGAGAGAACCGUAGCAGCAACGGCGUUGAAGAGCGCGUAGCUGGCGCAACGACGGCAAAUGCGUCGAGAACAUCGAAGGUGCUGGAUGGACCCCCAUCAUAUAAUACUCUUUUUCCAUCACCGAAUCUACUCGGGAGAAAUUUCAGACGUAGAUUCUCUCGAACUGCCAGUCAAGACAAUCAGCCACGAGUCGUGUUGACAUGCUGCAGAGUCACAUGCAACACAACAAUACUACUUGUCAUCGUUUCCAUCAUUUUCCUUUUGCCUGUUGCCAUGAUUAUUGUUGGAGCUCAACAUAUCAAUGAUUGUCCUAUUGAAAAAUAUAUUCCUAUUUUCCUUGUUGUGAUGGGCAUCAUUCAGAUGUUGGAAUGCUGUGGUCGUGUCAUCUACCACAUGUCAAGAGAAGAGGAAGACAAUGAUGAAGGCACCAAGGAUAUAUGUGUGUUCUUCCUUGUUGCCUGGUUUAUCGCAGGAAAUGUGUGGGUGUUUCGCAACUAUUCCAGUUACACUCCUAUCAAGAACUGCACUUCAUCUGUGAUUAAAACUUCUACUAGCUGUGCUGCAGGCACUAAUGCUGAUUAUUGUGAUGAUACAACGAUGAAAUUUGCAUUUUGGGUUAUUAUUGCUCUUUACAUCCUUUUGGCAUUUGUCCUAGUUGCUUUGUGUAUCUACUGUUGCUUAAAGGCUUUGGCAAGUAACUCAAUCAAUAGUUCUGAAUAGAACUUUAAUAGAACUUUUAUAACACAAAACUAAUUUGGCACAGACUUUAUGCCAAUUGAUAUGAAGGUGUAAACAGUGAUGAAAUUGUACGAAAUGAUUUGAAGUGUAUGCAAUUGAUUAUGAUUUACUCUA